AUGUUGAGAAUUCUGCUGCCGCUGCUGGCAUUUUGUGCCUUGGCCACGGCCCAGUGUCGAUUUACCAGGGCUCAGGUGGAGGGAACCAAUCGGAUAUUUAUGGUACGUCUUCAGAACCGUCAGCUCUCACUUAAAAGGACAGCCAGUUCAGCAGCUGGUGAAGUCCUGCAAAUGUGGUGCAGUCCCCAGGACAUUGUGGCCACUACCUGCCAGGCGGCUCGACCUCCAGCCUUCCGACCACCGUUACCCAUGACCUGCCGAGCUGCUCCGGCAGCCCUCACCACGCCCGUUCAGGAUCGCAACUGUCCGGCUACCAUGUUCCGAGUGGGCUAUAAUGUGGGCAACAACCAGUUCCUGGAGCUCUAUCGCGCCUGCUUCGAUACCAGAGCGGUGAGAGCGAUUUUCGUGGACCACCAGGUGUAUGCCAAGACAUUCUUUACAACCCGCCCCUGUGUGCAAUUCUCUUCCGAUGGUGUGAUUAGUGGAGCCGAUGAAGCCAGUUAUACAACUCGCAACAUACACGCCACUUUCCGAAGGCUGUUCGGUAACAAUCAGAACUUUAUACCCAACAACCGAGAUGUGGUCAUCAAUCGUGGACAUUUGGCAGCAUCGGCUGACUUUUUGUUCGGUGACCAGUUGUGUUCCACCUUCAAGUACGUGAAUGCAGUGCCGCAAUUUAAAACCAUCAACGAUGGCAACUGGGAGACCAUCGAGCGAUGGGUUCGCAGCUCAGUGACUGGAAAUCAGUUCGUGAAUGUGCGCACAGGAGCCAGAGAUACCCUCUCCCUGCCCUCCAGCAGUGGGCCCAAGAACGUCUUCCUCAGCAACAACAAGAACCCAGUUCCCCUGUGGAUGUACAAGAUAGUUAGAAACUCCAAUAACCAGGCCAUAGUGGCCUUCCUGACCCUCAACAACAUCUUCGCAGGAGCACGGCGGCCAGCGGCUCCUAACUUUUGUCAAGCUGUGAACUGCCCCAUUGGAUUGGCUAACACUGCACAGGCUGGUUAUACCUUUUGUUGCAAUCCGGCCACUUUUAGGCCAUAA